CGCGAUCAGACCACACAGCUGUCAGGAGCCGAGCCGAGCCGAGCUAAGCCGAGCGGACCUGUGAUCUCCAAAAAGCGCGCAAACCAGAGGAGCGAAGGAACACUGUGGAGACAUGACGGUGCCAACUGUGCGACAACUUUUUCUUCUAUGUUUUAUCGGGUUUUUUGGAUGUUGGAGCACAACAGAUGCCAGUCCUUACGAUCAGUGGGAAGACGGCGUAGCGUUACGAAAGGUGCGAGGCGUCCAGAAUGAUGAUCUGAGUGGAGUGUUGUGGAGAGACCAGAAUGAGGAGCAAGUCCAGAAUGUCUUCAAAAGAUUCUUAUUUCAUUACUCCAAAGCUCGCAACUCUGUUGGAGCCGUGCAGCAAGAGUCUCACUCAGUUCACCCUCUGAUGCGACUUUCACCCAAACUUUCGCAGAGGAGAAAGAAGAAGGUGUUACUUCUGGUGAGAAAACCUCAGAAACAUAAACUCAUUAAGUCCUGAACUGUACGUUUUUAGAAGAUCAGGAUGUACAGCUGGAGUUUUUAUGGGAUUACGACACCCACGUGGAUGUGGAAAUACAUCAGGGAGAGGACGGUACAGAAAAUAAGCACUGGAACAGUACUGCAGGCAACUCUUAUUUUUAAGUAGCUGAGGUUUGCAUGUUGUAGAAGAUUAGCUACAAAACGUUGUGGCUGGUGGAAUUUGAAGAAGCAUCUGCUUGUGAGUCACAGGAUUAAUGUUGAUUUGUCUGAGUUUUGAGCAGGUUGACCAGGAAUGAGUUUCAGUUUGCUCAGUUUGGUUCAUCUUUCUAUGUGUUAAACACCUGAAGAGUUGAAAUAAGCCAGCAUUUAAAGGAACAGUUCAAUGUUUUGGGAAAUACACGUAUUCACUUUCUUGCCAGGAGUUGUGUAGAUAUGAUGAUAAUUCCUCUCUCUUGCUUGUUAUUUAAAUAUGAAAAAAAGUUAUCUUAGCUUUUACUUACAGGCCCAUUUUGUUCGUAUAUAACCAAAUGCAUGGACCAGAACCUCUAAACGCCCCCUUUUAAUCCAUAUAACUAAACUGGUGCAAUUUUGGGGUGUAAAAUGCCGAAGUAUCCUUUAACAGAUCAUUAGUAGCCCAUCAUUAGUCAAUCAUCACACAACCCACAAAGUUUUCCUUCAUGAAUUCAUUUUUGGCACCUUAAAAGAGGAUUUAAGGUAAAAUCACCACCACCAAAAAGAUCAGAAUUGAGAAUAGAAGAUACAGCUCAACUUUUUAACCAGUUUUUCUAACCGUGGUUUCUUUCUUCAAACAUGCAAGACACAUUUGUUUAUCAAGUUGUCAGAAUUAAGAGGAAAAAAUGGACAGAUUAAUGACACAUAAGGUAAUACAGACUCACUGUCUUCACCGUACGUGAAACACAGUUUUUUGUCAUGUGCUGUCACUCCUCAGAGGAACCUUCUGAGCCAGAAAAACUUCUGCAGAGCUUGAAAGACAGAAACAAAAAACUAACUUUCCACUAUUUGUCUUCUGCCAAAAAAAAAAAGCCUUAACCUUUUCAGAAAGCUUCCUUGUCAGGCAGCAAAGAAGUCAUGAUUUAGAGGGAGCCGGCGUAAAUCACUUCUAAUCACAUCACUGUUCAGCUUCGAUUUACUGCCGACACUGACUUUUCUCCUUCUCUGUCUCUUCUUGCUAAUUAAACAGAAGAUUCGAAGUCUGCCGGAGGGGCUGUUGUAAAAGAAAAACCUAAAAAAAUAAAAAAAAAAACACUAAACGGAGGAAAAUACACAGAAGAAGAGCAGUUGGCAGCUCCGCCUCUGGACUUCACCAUCAACAUCAACAGACAGCAACGCACAGCAUCUCCAACACGACUCUCCACAUUAACUUUCUGUUCAUAGAAAAUAAAUGAUUGUAUGGAUGGCAAAUACUGAACUGCACUGCCAUGGCUGCCACGUGUCUUGUUGCUUCCAAAUGUCACUGAACUGUUUCUGAGCACAAACUUGGCGUGUUGCACCUCUACACUAGACGUGUGUCACAAGAUAUAAAGAAACACUUAAAAUGAACUCCUUUGUAAUCAGCAGUGACACAGAUCUGCAUAUAAAAAAAUGAAAAUAAUUGGCACUGGUUACUGUGGCAAAGAGGUGAACUCACAUUUAAUUCAACAAAAAUUAAAUGUACAUGUACAUUUUGUGACAUAAUUCUCAUGAAACAUAAUAAAAAAAAAAACUUUAAAAUUUGUCUUUGAUGCUUUUGUAAAGAUUCAGGCGAUGUAGGUGAAUUUAAAAUGACAAAACAGUGAGUGUUCUGCUGUUUUUUUUCCCUACUUUCCUACGGAAACGUACAGGAGGCUGCUUGGCUCUCUCCAGCCGAGCCGCCUGUCCAUGUGCCCUUGAGCAGG